GGCUUGUGUUCCUCAGAUCUGUCAAAGAACUCCACAAAGGCUGAUGACAUCCCGAUUCGCAUUAAAGCAUAUGUGUAGAAUUUGAAAACACACUGGAAUUUAUAUGAUAUCACACAGACAGAAAAUUGAGCAAACAUAUAUUACAUUGGAUAAAUACUGGGCCUUAGUCUACAAAACCUUAAAAGGUUGUUUAUAUUUACCUGUGGUGUGCGCCAGGUAAACUUCAAAGGUAAACACAGUGGGAGGCGCUGAGAGUUAAUUGAUUGACAGCUGGAGGUAAUUUGCAUACGAAAAUGCGCAGUCGGCGAAUUGCGCAUCCUAGAUUGCAGACGAGGGAACAUGGACUUGAAGUUAAGAUGGGGACCGAAAUAGGGCUAUGUUGUUUGCUCUCGUUACUCCUGUAUUGGAAUACGUUGAACGCCGAUUUCUGCUACGAUGAUAGUCGGGCUAUCCAGAAGAACCCGGAUCUACUACCAGAGACACCUAUUAGUGACAUAUUUUAUAAUGACUUUUGGGGUACCCCACUAACACACAGUGGCUCACACAAAUCCUACAGACCAUUAUGUGUUCUAACAUUCCGGCUGAACUAUUUCCUUGGAGGAUUAAACCCUGUAGGAUAUCAUCUAGUGAAUGUAUUACUACACUGCGUAGUUACAGGACUAUUUACAUACAGUGUAAGGAUAUUAUGCGCAAAGCGGCUGGUUUCCGCUGUCGCUGGUGCCCUAUUUGCUGCACACCCAAUUCACACAGAGGCUGUGGCUGGGAUUGUGGGACGUGCAGAUAUAUUAGCUUGCUUAUUUUUUCUUCUAUCAUUCCUUUGUUAUAUACAAUACUGCUCCAUCAGGGAUCAGUCUAUACAUAAAAGUGCAUCGUUGUCAUGGAGAUGGAUUUAUAUGAUCAUGAUGGGAUUAUCAGCCAGUGCUAGUAUGCUAUCUAAAGAACAGGGAGUGACAGUACUUGGAGUAUGUGCCAUUUAUGAUAUACUUGUGUGCCAUAGAGUAUCCUGGAGACAGUUAUUAAAAUGCUUAUAUCAGAAACAGUUCAGAAGACUGCACGAGGGCUUAGUGUGUAUUGGACUGACUGCUGCAGGCCUGAUAGGAUUUAGACUGUAUUUCAUGGGCAAUAAACCACCAGAGUUUGCUCCUGCUGAUAACCCAGCUUCAGAUUCCGCAAGUUUUCUUACAAGGACACUGACGUUUCUACAUCUUCCUGUUGUUAACUUCUGGUUACUUUUAUUUCCUAAAACACUGAGUUUUGAUUGGUCGAUGGAGGCUAUACCACUAAUAGAUGUAAGGACUGUGAUACGCAACUGUGAUUGGUCAAAUGAGGAGAAUUUAUACAAAUCUGGUCUACAUGUUAACCCUGCUAAAGCAUGGGGUAACCUAGCUAACAUUCUCAAUGGUCAGGGUAAGCUAGAGGAGGCAGAGGCGGCCUACCAUGAGGCUCUACAACAUAGAGGCAACAUGGCAGAUGUACACUAUAACCUGGGUAUCCUGCUCCAGGAGCAAAAGAGAUACAGUGAGGCAGUGGAGGCUUACAAGAAUGCCAUUGACUGCAGACCACGUCUUACAAUGGCGCAUUUAAACUUGGGUAUAGUGUAUGGAAUAUUGAAGCUCUACCAGGAAGCGGAGAGGACGUAUCGACACUGUGCUCAGAUAGACACUAAAGGUCUAAAAGACCCCCGUCUCCAUGACAACACUAAGAUAUCUGCCCUCUAUAAUCUUGGGAGGCUUUUAGCUGAUCAAAAUAGGGUUAAAGAGGCGAUCAGCAUAUACCACUCAGCCAUCAGUCGUAUGCCUAGUCACUACUCCCCUCAGAGUCUCUACAACAUGCUUGGUGAGGCUUAUGCUAAAGCCAAUGAGUUUGACAAUGCAGAGAAAUGGUACCGCAAAGCAUUACAUGCCAAACCAGGUCACAUUCCAGCACAUCUCACAAUUGCCAGGCUCAUGCAGAAGAAGGGACUUCAUCAUGAAGCAGAAGAAUGGUACAAAAAGGCCCUUAGAAUCAGUUCCAAUGACAGCACAAUAUACCAGCAUUACGCACAGUUCCUAGGUGACAUCGGGAACCAUAAAGAGGCUGCGGAAACCUUUGUUGAAGCAUCUCGCCUCUCGCCAAAUGAUUUUGAACUUUUGUUCAAUGCUGCCAAUGCAUUAAGACAGGCCAAUAUGAAUUAUGAAGCAGAGCAAUACUACGUCCUUGCUGCCAAACUAAAGCCAGAGAACCCAACAGCACAUAUGAACCUUGGUGCCAUGCUUCACUUCAAUGGAAAACUACAGGAGGCAGAGCAAAGCUAUCUACGAGCUCUUCAACUCAAGCCAGAUGACAUUGUUACGCAGACAAAUCUCAAAAAGUUGCGGAAUCUUUUACGGAAAGCCAAAUUUGAGAAUCGAGCAUAA